CUAGUAAUAUUAAAAAAAGUCAAUUAAGCUUUAUUUUAAUUUUUAUGAACAAAAUUAGUCCAGAAAUAAUACCUAAGAAUUCUGAUUCAAAAAAGAUUUUGUUUUUAAUUAUUAUUAAUUACAUUUAUGAACUAAGAAAACUUUCUCGAAGGAUCAUAAACCAUAUUUAUAUAUAGUUUUUAGUUAAAAAUGAAACGUUUGUUUGGCCAAUCAUUCUUAUUUAAUUAUCAAUGGGUGAAAAAUCGUAAAAAGAGUUCACUUCUAAAUAGUAAAGUUACUAAUGAUUUAUUAACAGAUAUGUCAGUCGAUACUCAAUUCAAAAUAUUAGAAAAUAUUAUAACACCCUUAUGUUCAAUGCCUUAUCAGAAUCAGUUGCUACAAAAACAAGCUUGGGCUUAUAAAAUAUCAAAAGAAUUACGUGCUAAAUUACACAAUGCAAAGUCACCCAUAGUAUUACCAAAAGUGUAUUCAAUUUCACCAUCACCACAAAUAGAUAAAUAUAGAAAUAAAGAUGAAUAUAACUUUCGUCCAGGUAUAGAUGGAAAUCCUAAAACUCUAGGAUUUUUUGUUGGAAGUCCAGCUAAAGAGAAUAUUUAUUGUGUUUCACCUAAAAAUUUAAUUAAUAUGAAGGAAUCUCAUUUAAAUAUUGCUCAAAAUUUUCAAGAGUAUGUAAGGCAAUCUGCUUUACCCGUAAGUUAUGAUCAUUUAGAUGGUGGUUUUUGGAGAGGAAUUGUAGUACGAAGUAAUUUAGAAGGAGAUAUCAUGUGUAUUGUAGUAGCAAAUCCUAGAGGAUACUCAAAUCAAGUUAUGUUAGAUGAACAACAUAAACUUGUUUCACAUUUUAAAAAAAAAAGUUUUGAUAUAAAAUCACUGUAUUAUCAUCCUAGUUUACAUACCAGAAGUUCCAAAGACUCUACAUUUAUCCUUAUUGAUGGAGAAAAAUAUAUUUAUGAAAAUAUAUGCGGUUAUAAAUUCAGAAUUUCUCCCGAUUCUUUUUUUCAAAUAAACACAUUGGGUGCUGAAGUAUUGUAUGAUGAACUCUUUAAAUUAUUAAAGCCAUCUAAAGUGUCAACAUUACUUGAUUUAUGUUCUGGAACUGGCACUGUUAGUAUUAUUGGUAAUAAAUAUGUACAGUCAUGUUUAGGCAUUGAAGUUGUUAGUCAAGCCAUUGAUGAUGCUAAAGAAAAUGCAAGAAUUAAUGGUGUUACUAAUUGUGAUUUUAUUAAUGGAAAAAUUGAAACUGUGAUGAGUAAUGUUUUAAAAGAACUUACUAUGACAAGUGAUUUAUGCACAGUUUUAAAUCCUGGCCGUGCGGGAGUUCAUCCAAGAGUAAUUACUGCUAUAAGAAAAAAUAAGUUAAUUAAUAAUAUUGUAUAUGUAUCAUGCAAAGCUAAUAGUCCAGCUACUAUGAAAAAUCUUGUUGAAUUAGCACUAAAAAACAAAAAAACUACUCCAUUUACUUUGGAAUCAAUUAAGCCUAUCGAUAUGUUUCCACAUACAAACCACUGUGAAUUAAUGUUUUUUUAUAGAAGAUAAAAAAUUUAAUUAUAUAUAUAUAUAUAUUGGAGGAUCAA